AUCACGUACGAGCAUCGCAGUCUCGCUGCAGAACGUUUGAAGGGAGCUUCUAAUCUGUGAUUCCUUAAGUCACCUGCAGAACCAUGGAACCACUCAAUCCAAAGGCGCCCGAAAAUCGCCCCACGUUCCAGGUUGCUCGCUUGUAUCGAGCUCACGGACUCAUAAGCCGUGAGACGUUUCUGAGUUUCGAGAAAACGUUCGUGGAGAUCGUGACCACCAUAAACAGUUUGUCGAACGAAGAUGAGAAGCUCUGGGAAUACGUCCGCACCCUGUUCGCGUUCGACGACUACGCUGACUGCGUCCCAAUCAACGCCGCCAACUUGUCCGUCACCAUCGACGCGGUGCAGCACUGCAUGAACGCCAUGGCUCUAGAUUGGAACCGAGACAUCUCCAUCCAGAAGCGAAUCAAGCCUUUUGUGUACACCAUCCAGGCAGCGAGGAUCCUCAUCGCCUCCCAGCUGAACGUGGAACCAGACCUGCUUGCUCUCUGUAGGAAUGGCUCGGACCCCAACGGCGUCAUCAACAACGGUAUGGAUUUCAACCCUGGUGAUGAGGUGGUGGUGUGGAGCGAGAAUCACCCAACUGAUGGAGAAGUAGGUUGGAAGAUCAGGCAGAACCGCUUUCCUAAUUUGAAACUCGUUGUGUGCGACUUGGAAGGAGAAAAAGACGAUGUCAAGAUAGUAGAAAAGUUCUUAUCGUAUGUCAAUGACAAAACCCGACUUGUUACAUUCAGUGAGGUUUCUCAUUUAAGUGGCACGCGCCUGCCCACUAAAGCUCUGGUUGAUCAGAUCCACAAGAAGAACCCCAAUGUCCAUGUGCAUGUGGAUGGCGCGCAGACCUGGGGCGCUUUCAACCAUGACCUUAAAGCCAUGGACUGUGACAGCUACAGCGGAGGCAGCCACAAGUGGUUCUUGGGACCCAAGGAAACCGGCAUGCUGUACAUGAAGAGAGAGCGUAUUCCAAACUUCGCGCCCAAAGACAUCGGGUACAACGGAGAGAUGCAGCCCCCGCCCACCCUCCCAGAUGACCCCUACGGCAAGCCAUUCCCAAUUACGGAUGCGUCCAAGUUUGAGAUGGUUGGCCAGCGUAACGACACCAACCUCAUCGGGAUGCUGUACACUGCAGAUCUGAUGGAGCUCAUCGGCUUUGACAUGAUCGAGAAGAGGAUCAAGGCACUAGCCACCCGGCUGAGGGACGGCUUAGACAAAGUCCUCAGGCAGCUCGGCCAGACCGUGUUCAAGAUUGAGACGCCACCAAGAUUGAGCCAGUACCACGGCAUCAUAGUUAUCAAGUUCCAGGACGAGGUGGACACCGCCGGAGACGGUCGCAAACGCAAACGUUUGCGCAAGGCGGGAGAGAGCGACACUGAGCUAAGCGUGCUGCUCUACGACAUAUUGUACGAAGACUACAACAUUGGGGUAUCCACCAAAAAAGGCAACAGAAUGAGAUUCUCGCCUCACAUCUACAACACUGAAGAACACAUCGACAGGGUUGUGGAUGCGAUCAGAAUCGAGUUGACUCGAAUCCUGAAGGCUUAAAUGUCCAAACCACAG